UGCAUGAGAGUGUGCUCGCGCCGCCUGCCUGCCGUCUGCCCUCGACGACACAAGCCGAGGGAAGGCGCCGCCGGAUGCCCAGAUGCUCGUCGUCCAAGCGCCGCCGGCGUUUCCAUUCAGGGAUCGCACCUGCUCCGUCCGUCCUGGCUGCGGAUGGGCAAUUGCGACGGAUGACGGGCACAAGGGCCGCCCUCGGCCCCUUCCCCCCCAGCUGCGCCAUAUUACAUAAUCGGGUUACCGGAUGCACGCCAACAGACAAUGCAGCAGACGACGGGCACCAGCAAUCAAGAGCAGCAAUUGCGCGCGCAGCUCGAGCUCUUGCAAAACCACGACGCGGACUCGUCAAGCGCGCGCGACGCGAGAGCCGCUCCCUCCCACUCGCCGCCUGCGCGUGCCGCGAAUGGAUACGACGAGCUGGCUGCUGCCUCACACGACGCCGCUCGCGCCUUAGCCGUCAAGUCCGAGGCCGACUCGCACAUUCACCCUGACCUUCGCGCGGCUCCCGGCCACGGCGCGCCCGCUCCAAACAUGAUGCCCAUGCCCCCCCAGUCUGGGCACAGUCCAGCCACCUCUCCCGCCCCUCCUCAGAACGCCCCCAUAGCCCCGGCGCCGUCCGUCACGUCUCCGGACCAAGGAUCCUCUGCGGAUGGUCGCAAAGCGAAGCGUGAGCUGUCGCAGUCUAAGCGCGCGGCGCAAAACCGAGCUGCCCAGCGCGCGUUCCGCCAGCGGAAAGAGGGUUACAUUAAGAAGCUCGAACAGCAGGUACGGGAUUACGGCGAGAUGGAGCAGACGUACAAGGCCAUGCAGACAGAAAACUACGCGCUUCGGGAGUAUGUCAUUCACCUGCAGUCGCGGUUGCUUGACAUCCAGGGCGAGUUUCCUCAGCCUCCACCCAACGUCAACCUCUCCCAGCCUCCGGCUGCUCAGCCGCCACCCGCGGCCAGCGGACCGGAGCAGCCGCCUGGCGAACCCAACAAUAAUCCCGCGGCCGGGACGCCGCUCGAGGCCGUCGCCCAGGCCGUCGCCGGGCUGCAGGAGCAGAUGGACGAGGACCGACAGGCCUAUGCCAACAGAGCCGAGGACGACACGCGCUCGGCCGAAGAGAUCAACCGACAGUUGCAGCCCGAGGAAGGAGUCACCCGGGCAGAAUAGGACAAGAUGCCCGGGCGCCUGACCGCUGCGCGAGUUUCGUUUAUGCGUUAGCGGCGUUUCUGGAAGGUGACGGCUCGUCUCGCAAGGACGAUGCCUUGGGCGUUAUGGCUUUGCCAAGUGUUUACUGAUGUAUUGCGAUAGGCGAGAGGGCUACGGGACGCGAAGUGUCGCGACGCUGUCGCACGGAUACUGGCUAUUUUGUAGCGUUCAACACGGAUAUUAUAUAGACGAUGACCUGCUCUGGUGGUCAACGGUACGAUGUUGUGUCAGAUGAACUGGACAUCCGUUUUUAUUCAGUUUUGAGAAUCCUCCAUUUUGGCUUGGUGAGAAUGACUAAUAAACACCGCAAUCAAGACUCCUUUUCGCAAAUAUAG